UCUUCAUAAUCAAAUCUAGCUACUUACCUAAAUUAUAUAUGUGGUUAUCAUUAUUUUUCUUCUCAUUUCGAUGCUUAAUUCUUGGGUUUUAUUCCUUUAUUUUUCAGUACUUGUUCGCCUCACUUGUGUGCAAUCACUCUGUCAUGAAAAUGAGCACUCUGCCUUGUUACAAUUCAAGGAAACCAUGAUUAUCAAUAAGUUUGCUUCUUCCGAUCCUUCUGCUUAUCCCAAGGUUGCAUCUUGGAAAGCCAAUAAAGAUUGUUGCUCAUGGGAUGGGGUCAAGUGCAAUGAGGUUACUGGUCAUGUGGUUAAGCUUGACCUUACUAGUAGUUGCCUCUAUGGUUCUAUCAACUCUAGUAGUAGUCUCUUCCACCUUGUCCACCUUACAUGGCUUAGAUUGGCUGAUAACGACUUCAAUGGCUCUAAAAUCCCUUCAGCAAUCAAGAACCUUUCCAGGUUAUCAUAUCUGAGCCUAUAUAAUUCUAGUUUUUCUGGUCAAAUACCAUCAGAAGUGCUAGAGCUCUCAAAGUUGGAGACCCUUGACACAACGUUUAAUUUUAACUUGAAGCUCCAAAACCCAAGUCUAAGAAGCCUACUUGAGAAGUUAACUCAGCUCAAAGAGCUAUAUCUUGGUCACAACAACAUUUCUUCAUCGAUACCUGAUGUCUUGGCAAAUUUAUCUUUGUUGACUGCCUUAUCUCUCAAGGGUUGCCAAUUGCAAGAAUUUCAAAACAACAGCCCCCUUAAAGAAUUGAGAGUUGCGAACACAUCAUUUUUUGGGGAGAUUCCAUAUUCAAUAGGGAAUCUUAAUUCCUUACAGAUCCUAGAUGUAAGUUCUUGCCAUUUUUUUGGAUUGAUUCCACCUUCUCUUGGAAAUCUUUCUUCUUUAAAAGAAUUGAACCUUUCUAGGAACGAUUUUUCAAGCCAAGAUUGUCGUUCAUUGUCAUGGAUGGGCCAGUGUAGUGAGCUUGCUUCUUUACACCUUUCAAGGAUCAACUUAGUUGGUGAAAUUACCUCUUUGGUCAAAAGCCUAAAAAACCUUACCAAGCUCACUUCUCUUUACUUAAAUGACAAUAAACUUUCUGGUGAAUUACCAGCUGCCUUCGGAAAUCUAUCUUCGUUGAAAGAACUAGACAUUUCUUGGAACAAUUUUGAAAGGUAUGAUUUUCGUUCAUUGUCAUGGAUGGCCAAGUCUAGUGAACUUACUUGUUUAAGCCUUGUAGAGACCAACUUAGUUGGUGAAAUUCCUUCUUGGCUCAUGAGCGUAACAAGCCUUACUGAAUUAUAUUUGGGUGAAAAUGAAUUAAAUGGUACAAUCCCUUCUCAGAUUAGAAACCUAACGCAACUGAAACUUCUUGCACUUAACUCAAAUAAAUUGCAAGGCUCAUUUCCUAGCGCUCUAUAUCAUCUUGAGAACCUUAAUUUGCUUUACCUUCAAUCAAAUAAUAUGAGUGGCACAGUGGAUUUGGACAUGAUUGCUUCUAAACUCAUAAAUUUAGAAUCUUUUAGUCUCUCUUCAAACAAUUUUUCAUUGCUCAUUGAUGCCAAUGGUCAUACUAAAUUUCCGAAACUUCGAUAUCUUGGAUUGGGGUCUUGCAACCUUAAUAAGUUUCCAAGCUUCUUGCGGAACCAAGAUCAAUUGAUAGAUCUAGACCUUUCCUCAAACAAGAUUGCUGGCAAAAUACCAAGAUGGUUUUUGAACGCAAGUGUAGAUUCAUUGGUAAACUUGAACCUUGCCAACAAUCUUUUAACUGGCUUUGACUGACUUCAUGUGUUGUGUUUCUUCUCAUCUGCUUCCCUCGUCUUAUUAUUCUUAAAUAAGUUGUCAGGGCAAAUCCCAGUUCCACCAUUGCCCAUGUAGUUUAUUGAGUUUCAUUCAAUAAUCCGACAGGAGGAAUUCUUCCAUGGUACAGAUUAUUGAAACUUUGAAUGUAUUUUUGUUAAAGUUUAAUGAAAAUAAAUAUUUCAUAUGGAAGAAA